UCGAUGAUUCAAGGUUGCUACGGAGUACGAACACGGGCAACGGACGACUUCGGCACUUUGCAGGGCACCAAUGCGUUAUGCGUGUUGUUUCAAUUUGACCAUCGUUUUUAUUCAGAUUGUACCGACAAUUGCACAGACAGCAUCCGAAAAUGGCGAAACCGAAAAAAAACAAGGAUAUUAAUUACGCACGACGCCUUAAGGAAUUGAAAGAAAAGUUGAAACCAUACCGCAACCGCGAGACUGUAAACCUACUCCGGGUGAUCACAGGAUCAUCCGGUACACUUUUGCAUAAUCACUGGGAAAGCCUAGAAAGUGUGUUGACUGGGGAAUAUAGUCUUCAUGAUGUCAAACAGAAAAUUCAGAGUGUAGCCAACAUGAUUCUUGAGAAUGGAGAGUUUGUAUCGAAAUCAGACCGCUCCAACUCGAUAGAACACAGUAUGGUGAGCAAAGAAUGUAUACAACUUCAUGUCGACUCCAAAGCAAACAUAUCUGACAAUGUGACACAUGGUAACAUCAACUCAAAUUCAAAUGUGGUCGAAAAUACAAGCGUGAUCAACAGACUAAGACACUUACACAUUGAAAGUUGUAAUCCAGAAUGUUAUAAUAAGUUAUAGAAUAAUAUAUUUUGUUUAAUAUAUUUAUAUUUGAGUUUAAAUUAUUUCUUAAAGGCUCAGUUAACAGAGAGCGGGCAGCGGUCCGGUUGUAUUAUUUUACAGUGCCUGCGCGGGCAGACCGCUUUCUGUUUGACUGAGCCUUUAAAAUGCUUAUGAAUAAAUUAAUCAAUGUUCUAGUAUUGUUAUGGCAGUAGAACUAUUUUAUUUUUAUUUUUUGCACAAGUUUUGUA